GGGCACCGAUAGGCUGGUUCCUGUAAAGCUGCCGUUUCUCAGAAGGAAGGAGUUUCGUUUCCGUGGAAUUCCCCCUGCUGCUGUCAGUGAACGCUCCAGGAAAUGGUUUCAUUAAAGACAGCGACUCUCUCACGCUGCUCCGCGGGAACACUUCAUCCACCGACAAACAUGUCAGCCGCCAUGUGUGCCUUCAUCCUGACGCUUUCAAGCGCACUCGGACCCACAGUGGUAUCAGGAGUCCUCAGUGCACCUACACAUGUCCGCUUGACCUCCUAUAACAUGAACCUGGUGCUGAUGUGGGAUUCACCUGAAGGUCCAGCCAGCAGCAUCGUCUACACAACUCAGUACAAAUCCUCAGUCUCCGUCUCCUUCGACAAAGUGGGCUGUGUGAACAUCUCCAACCUGGAAUGUGACCUGAGCCACCUCGACAUCUCCAUAUUUCAGUACGGAACGUACACGGGCAGAGUGCGGGCACAGUCGGGCACAGAGAGCUCCGCCUGGACGGAAAGUAACCAGAUUACUUUGGACAAAGAUACCAUCAUCAGCUCUCCCGAUGUCUCUCUCUCCUCCAAUGGAGCUGCUAUCGAAGUCAGCAUCAAAGAUCCGGUGUUCAUGAUCUCUGCACUCAGGGAAGUUUACCACUCUGCCACCUACAACAUCACCUACUGGCAGCAUGGCCAGAGGGAGAAGGCCAGAAGCAACAGCAACAUACAGCAGAACCGAGUUGUUCUGAGUGACCUGGACCCCUGGACCAAGUACUGCGUCCAAGUCCAAAUCAUCACAGAGAGGAAACCCAGCAAGCCUAGCGCAGCCGUCUGUGAGAGCACCACAAGCGAAGAAGAGACUCCGUGGGUGGCAGCUGUGGUGACGUUUGGCAUCGUGGCGAUGUCCGUGGCUCUGGUGGUGGUUGCAGUCGUGUAUCGGAAACAUAUUUCCCACUUUCUCUGUCCAAAGGAUGCACUGCCUCAGCACUUCAAGGAGUACCUGCUGGCGCCCCCCAACUCCUCCAUGUACCUAGCCAUGCGUAACUCCCAUCCCCCUGACGAGAUCUACAACCAGGUCAGCAUCAUCGCAGAUGGCAGGACUCUAGAGGAAGGGCAACCGUUGGAGGCAGCAGGGAGCAACUGCAGUAAACAGCCUGACACCACAUAGAGAUCGAGGGAAAGACUGAACAGCACAGAAGCAGUGAUCAAGAGCCAAUCGACAGGCUGGAGUCAGUUGAGACUGCUAAGAGAUUAUCAGCAGGGGGAACGUUAAAGACACUGAGAAACAGUGUAAUCAUCGGUUGUUGCUUUACUUCAGAGCUUUAAUGCAACACAUUCUGCAGCAGGGCCGUAUGUUCCUGGAGCAGGAGUCACUGUGAAGGGAUGAGGUGUCAGCCACAGAGAGGUGUAGGUGUAGGGUUGACACCUUAUCCAAGUGUGAUGUUGUGAUGUUGACCGUGGCGUUGCCACACACUGUACUGCACAGAAGGACCGGAACACAUUGGAGCUGCCAUCACUAAAGUGUUUACACUGCCAUGGUUUCUGUGUGGAGGUGUACUGACAACAACUGCAUCAUCUGCCAUUCAAUGGUCAUCACAUUUUUUUUAAAGCAUACAGUUUUAAUUUAAAUGUCCUUGUUGCUAUAUGAAGGUUUACCUAAUGAAAAUAUAUUCAGUGGUAAUAGUGAAGUGAAGCUAGAAGUGAAAGUGUGUUUGUCGUUGUCUCUGGGAUGAGCUGAGGAGAGUUAGCAGCUUUAAGAUGUUGGGAAUCAGGAAUAUAUACAAAACUGAAUCUAUAUCCCAUAUAUGUGUAUAUGUGUAUGUACUGUAUAUGUAUGUAGUGUUGGGAAGGAAAAGGAGCGUGUUUGAG